AUGAAUUAUGUAAUUACCAAUCCUAAAAAAUCAUCCCAAAUUUUUAAGGAAAAAGAUGUUGAUAAAACUGAUGUUAAGUUUAAUGACCCUAACAAAGAGUACGAGAUUCUGGAUGAUGAAGAGUAUAGCAAUGCAGACACUUUUUCUAACUGCCCAGAAACUCCUACAACUAAUACAACUGAAAACAAUGAUAAUCACGAAACACAUGACUUUUGCCUUGAUGAAUUUGCAAUGAAUUAUGUAAAGGAAUAUGCAACUUCAAUGGUUACUGAUUUUGAAAAAGAAGAAGUAGAAUCAAUUUGGACCUCAUCAGUGGAUGAUAAUGAAAAUACUGAUUAUGAGUUAAAUGGUAAUGGUGAAAAUAUAGAAAAUCAAUGUGUAAUCAUUGACAUUGUUGAUGUAUGGGAAUUAGAUUAUAAUACAGUAAAAACAUGUGUCAAUGCAAAUGGACAAGGGUCUUUACAUUUACUUGGAGUGUGCUCAUCUCAUUUAAUUGGGAUCAGGAUGGCGCUCAUAAACGUAGCUUAA